UCGUUAAUUUUGCUCCACAUCUUUUACGUGCAGAGUAGUUUGAUUGGUGGCUCUUGCUUUAUAGAGGAAAAUUUUCGAAUUUAUUAUCCCCAGGAAGCUUCGACUUACAAAUCCAUAGAUCAAAAAGUCUUUUCUUUUGAUCUAGGUAAUUGGUUUUCACUGUUCAUGUUUGUUCGUUUAGUCUGCAAUUUCAUGAGAACAUGUCAAAAGUUGAGUACAUUUGAUUUGGGGAGUAAGGAGUGGUUUUCUGGGAAUGUAUUUGAUGCAACUUUGGAAUGCUUAGAAAGAGGAAAAGGAACUGGAAAUUUGAUUGGAGAUUUAGUUUCUGAAGGGUAUGGAUUUGCAGAGUAAUUCUCAACCUGAAUUGGGGAAGUUGGAGCAGAUUAUUUCCCAAUUUCUUUUGAAGAGCUUGCAUAUUAUUUUGGACUCUAGGAUUCCCUCUCUUCGUCCUCAUGAUCGUAGUGGCGACCUUUCGUCGGCUAACCGAGUGAGAAAGAGUGACAAAUGGUUCAAUUUAGUACUAGGAGACCGCCCUGCGGCUCUAGAAAAUUUGAAUUUUUGGCACAGAAAUGUGAUGGAUCCAAUGAUAAUCGACAUAAUACUCGUUCAUGAAGGGUCUAACUCUUCAUCCGUGGACAAUCUCUAUACUGCUUCUACAGCAGGGACAUCUAUUGAGACAGUUAUAGAAAGGUGGGUAGUUCAGUAUGAAUCUCCUCGGAAUGUGGCUCCUCAAGCCGGUGAAAUGGCUGCUUCUUACAAAAGGACAUACAAGAAAUCAAUAGUACUUCUGCGUUCUCUUUAUACGCAAAUGAGACUUUUGCCGGUUUACCGGGCUUUUCGACAGCUAAGUAGCUCUAGCCAGGCUUAUAAUUUUGAUAUUAUUUACAAGGUUUCUUCAUUUGGUGAUCCAUUCACAAGGGCAGAGGAAGAAUUGAUGGAAGAAUAUAGCUUCCCUCCUGUUGAGGCCUUUCCCGGUCGCCUUUCUGUGUCUGUGACUUACCGUUCAACCCUCUCUGAUUUUAACAUUGAGCCUUCAACAACAAUGCCACCUAAGAUAAUCACAGAUUAUGUUGGUAGUCCUGCCACUGAUCCGCUGAGAUCUUUCCCCACUUCAGAGAAGGGUGUUCGUGCAAUUUCCUUUCCUUUGAGAGGAGCACGACCGCCUUCUACACCACUUGAGCGCCCGCAUAGCUGGACAAGUGGUUUUCAUCGAGCUGCACCUUUUAUGCAGAACCAACACCUUGUCAGAUCUCCACCUGCAUAUCGUCCUUCUCCUACUUUUUCUGAUUUUCCAUCAUCACCUUCUGAUAUGUAUGGUAACAGAGUCCAAAACUACAGACUGCUAAGCAAUCAAAGGGCUACCACUUGUGAUGAGUAUCAGCUUUCACCUCCAUUUUCACCAUCUUCCUCCCCGUCUCCUCCAACGUACUUCUAUGGUGGUAAUCCUAACCAAAUGCAAACCCGUAAAUCUUCAGAAACUGCCCCGGUAACUAUUCCAGCUACAAUGACAGGCAGAAGUUCUAGAUACCUUUCUCCCAACUUUUCUGAUCCAAAUAGAAACUCGCUUCCUCCUUUAUCCCCCAGAAGCAUAAGGAAUGAUCCUUCAUCACAGGAGUCUCCUUCUGGAAUCAGGUCAUUUCGGAGAAUAGAUUCUUCAAGGGCCGGAGAGGUGACGGCUGGAAUAACGAAUUGCCAUGCUGGUCAGAAGGCCAUAAAGGACAGUAGAGAAGACUCAGGGCGGUUUUCAGGACCAUUAUCUUCCAGUGGCUCACCACGUAUUGGGUUCUCUAGAAGCUCCAGUAGAUUAUCUUUCCAGGAUGACUUGGAUGAUUUUGGCUUCUCAUGUCCUUUUGAUGUUGAUGAUGUUGACCCUCCAGAUUUUCAACCCAGGUACUUAAAUUUCUCGAAGUCAACUGUUAUGAAUUGA